AUGUCUCUUCUAGUCACACUACUUGUGAUGUCAUUGGCUUUGCAGUGUUGGACUGCACCACAGAGGAGAAACUGGACUCCUCAGGCGAUCUUAUACCUCAAAGGAGCACAAGGACACCGUUCAGUAUUGGAGCGCACCAACAGAGAUGAAGGGGACACUUUACAUUUGGUGACUCACAACCAGAACAGCGAUGGACUGGGAUCAUCUCUGAAUUCUUUAAUUCUUCUGGACCUCCUGCAGCGAGCUGUAGAAGAAGGUGGAGACAAUCCAGAUCAUUACCCAGACUACCAAAAGCUGAAUAUAAACCUUUUGUGA